CGGCCUCGGGGGCAGGAAGCAUGGCUGCGGGGUCGGAGCUGGGGGCCGCGGCUGGCUCGCUGCUGCUGUGCGCCGGGCUGCUGGGCGCGGGCUGCGCGCUGGGCCUGCGCCUGGGCCGCGGGCGGGGGGCGGCGGACCGCGGGGCUCUCGCCUGGCUCUGCUACGACGCCCUGGUGCACUUCGCACUGGAAGGCCCUUUUGUCUACUUGUCUUUCAUAGGAAACAUUGCUGAUUCUGAUGGCUUGAUUGCCUCGUUGUGGAAAGAAUAUGGCAAAGCUGAUGCAAGAUGGCUUAAUUUUGACCCAAACAUUGUGUCUUUGGAAAUUCUGACUGUUGUCCUGGACGGGUCUCUGGCACUGGUCCUCAUUUACGCCAUAGUCAAAGAGAAAUAUUAUCGGCAUUUCAUACAGAUUACUCUGUGCGUGUGUGAAUUGUAUGGCGGGUGGAUGACCUUCGCCCCGGACUGGCUUAUGGGAAGCCCCAACCUCAACACCAACAAUUGGCUCUACUUUUGGCUCUAUCUGGUAUUUUUCAAUAGUGUGUGGGUUCUGAUCCCAGGACUGUUACUGUGGCAGUCAUGGGUAGAACUCAAGAAAAUGUAUCAUAAAGAAACCAGCUUAAAGAAAAAGUUUCAGUGAAUUUUCAAAAAUCAUAAACA